AUGAAAAAAAUGUUAUACAUUGUAGUAAUAUUUCAACUUUCUAUUUAUUUCCAGCAAGAAGAUGAUGAGACUAGAACUAGUGAGGUAAAGCAAUAUCUUGCAUACAAUAUACAAAGGUUGAAAAAUUCAAAUCAUUUUCAAUCACAGGCUUAAAAUCAAUCAUUUUGGAAUUGGUGCAGAAAAAUGCUCCUUCUUAAGGAUAAACUAGCAGCUGGGACUGACAAAGCUACAAUAGUGCCUGUGUGAGUCCCAGAUGCAGGGUUUUGAACCCAGCACUUUUCUUUUGUAAGAAAUUAACCUGACAAUAUUAACAUUGUGUGAUCCCCCUUGGCCUGUCCCAGACAUUCAGAUAGUGGGAAGGGUGGGCGAAGUUGGGCAUGGACUAAACAUUGAUGAGGGAAAAAAUCCCCAGUCUCUCCUCCUUUUUGUUUCCCCUCAUGUUUCUUUUGCACUUGUUGCUUACAAUCUAACUUGCUCCCCACUAUCUAAAUGCCUGGAACAGGUUAGAUCAUAUAAAUAACAUGAGAUUCUUUCUUUCUUUUUUUUUAAGAUGGAAGAAGAUAUGAGUAAAGAGGUAAGUAUAAUAUUUGUAGAUUCAUUUUUAAAACUAGGAACUCAAUUUUUCAUUUAAGAAUCUAGAAUGGGCAUGGAAAGCUGUAUUUCAAAUAAAAGUGCAGACUAAUAAUAAUUUUUAGAAGAAUUAGCUAGGUAUUUUUAUUUCAGUGAGCUUGCCUGUAGAACUAUCUGCUCUCUUUAAAAAAAUGUUCUAUGAGUAGGAACUCUCUCAAAACCGCAAGAAUAUUAGAAUAUUAUACUCUUUUUUUCCUUUGCAGUGGGCUAUAAGAGAGGCAAGGUUCAGUAGAGUGUUGAACGAAGACAAAAGUGGUUGGCAUGUAAUUGUCAAAUUUCCAAAUGAUGAGCGCAUUAGCCGCUACAUCAAGAAGGAAUCAUGUUACCAGAUACAAGCUCUUGCUAAUUUGAAGUGUACAUAUGUAUCACUGGGAAUAUUCAAACUUUUAAAAUAUAGAAAAUACAGGUACUGUUACAUGUUACUCUGCCUCCUGACAAAUCAAUCCACCGUGUAUGUUGUAUGACCAUCAUUUCAACUUAAAAGAGAUGGAUUCUUUUAAUGGCCUUAAAAAAAACCUUCUAUUGAGAUAAAUUACUAAAAUACUUUUUUGCUUUUUUUUUUUAUAGGCAGUCUAUGACUGGGUUGGCUGCCAGGAUGGCCGGCCCCUCUUUUUUACCCUGCAUGGAGGGGGAGGGGUGAAAAAGCUGGAGGACCCUGUUGAAGGACACUGUUUACUCCACUUACAGGAGCGAGUGAGGAUAUUAAUAUUAAACAAUGAAUCGAGACAAUCAUGAAUAGUGAAAUUACAAACCAAUUUUUCUGGGAAGGUUAACUAGGCUAGACAACACUCAACCUGUUUAACAAGUUACCCACUUAUGUAUGUAUUGCUUGAGAUACAUGUAACAAUAAUCGUAGACAAAUAUCGUAAAAUUAAUAUCCCAAGGCAAUGAUAUUACAGAGCCAUAUCCUGCGUCACAAAUGUAAUCAAACCAUGGUGUGUAACGCUGAUAAUUUGUUUAUCCUUCGACCUGAAUGGCAAAUUGACAAUAGUUUUUUUUAAAGUUACUCACACCUAUUCAAAGAUACCCAAUUCCUGGUACACAGUAGUGGGCCAAGGAUAAGGGUUUUGGUGCUGUUUCACAGAUGGACUUGUUUUAAAAUAGAAGGUCCAGGCUAAUAGAUUAAUAGGCCCGUAAGGCUUAAAAAAUCCCACCCAGUGUAUCUAUACCAUCUACAGUACAUGGACAGUGUUCAGUACACAUAUCUACACAUGAAAAUAUUAUUCUUAUUAUUAUUGUUUUUCCCUCAAUGGAGGACAUAUUAGCACCGUCAGAAAGUGAAGAUGCGGGUGACAUUAAAUGCUAGAGGGUAGCAAGAGAACAGUAAUAAUUUAAUCCAAGUAAAGUAUCAUUAAAUGAUCACCUGGUUCCUACAGAAAGAUAUAUUUCAGGUUUCUAACCCUUACACAAAAAUUAUGUAACAUCCAAAAGAACAGUCCAUGUCUUAACUGUAAGUGGUGUGAUUAUUAUCUUGUACAGGAAGAGGAAGAAAUGCUUUCACUCCUUGAUUCUGAGGUAAUUAUUAUUGCUCUAAGGCCUAUGGAAUAUGGCACCACUGUACUCAGAAAAGUCUAUGAAUUAUCUUCCCCUAUGCCCAUUGACUCUUCGUUGGACAAAAAAUAUAAUAUUUCAACUAAUAAUAAUAAUAGUUAUAGUAAUGUAACAGUAAUAGCAAAUUUGAAAUUUAGCACCUUGCUUUUCAUGAUUACAACAGUAUCAUGAUAUAUUAGAAAGCCUUCUAGUAUUAGUCCAAUUUACGUUUAGAUUAAGAAACAUCACAUAGAAAUUACGCAGUGUGUACAGUGGGCUGAUGUUGCGUCCUUGUUUUGCACAGGUUUCCUUAAGAGGAUCAUUGCCAAAGGGCACUGAGGAUUUGUCCUCAACCUUACCCGGUAAGACUUCCAAAGAUAACGUUUGUAUACGUGAUAUGAAGUGGUGACGUGGAAAUUAAUGAAUUCUUCAAGUCCCAUGCAUAAAAUGACUCGAAUAGAC